UCCUGGUCGGAGCGUCUGUGGAAAAAAAGAAAAUGACUUGCCGGGAGAGAGGACUUAAAUCCGUGCUAUUUACCGUGUCGGGAUAGAAAAUGAAUGGAGCACUGAAGGGGGCUGCAUCUGAGAGUCUCCGCUCCUUGGGUUCUGCAGAACCGCUGCCGCUGCUCUUGGGCUUUUUUCAUUUAAGCUUUUGGGACUUUGGGCAAGUGGCUGUGUGACACAGCCCAGACUUCGGCUUUUGCACAAAGCGGAUGCCUAGACAUGGUUUUCCUCAGGACCGGUGCAGAGUGGAGAACCUGGACCCGAACCACGCUCCUUGUCCAUCUCGCCUGUUGUUUCGCAAGCGUCUUUUUCAAUCAUGGUGUCGACGGCGCGCCACGCCACGAACCGUCGGCUUUGCUCCGAUCUCUCAAUUUACCUCAACACACAGAAUAUGAGAUUGUGUCUCCGUACGAGGUCGACCACCGAGGCGCCUACAUCUCACACGACGUCGCGCACCACCAGCGCAGGAGGCGGCGCCGCUCCCUCCCCCCGCGCGCAGGCGAGACGGUCCACUUUCGGCUGAGCGGCCUGGGACGCGACUUCCACAUGGAGCUGAGGGAGGCGUCGCGCAGCCUCAUCGCGCCUGGCUUCACCGUCCAGGUUCUGGGGGGGAACGGCACCAGGACCCGGCGGACGUACCAGCGGGAGGAUCUCUGCUUCUACCAGGGGUCGCUGAGGUCGCCGGUCAACAGCUCAGUGGCGCUGUCCACGUGUAUGGGAAUGUCAGGUUUGAUCAGAACGCAGGGUGGGGACUACUUCCUGAAACCCGUUCCCCGCGCCCUUGCUGAGAGAGAGAACUUCACGGCACCCCCCGGUCACCAGCCUCACAUCCUCUACAAGCACCAACGGCUCCACCAGACGGAGCAGACGGGCCGCCGCCCCCCGCCGCCGUCCAGACGCGCCGUCACCAAGAGGUCCGCGAGCUCACAGCCGGAACCCGUCCACAGCGCGGCUGCAGGGGAGCAGCAGGAAGGGCCGCGAACGCAGCGCGGUGACCGUCAGACCUACAAAUAUCAGAGCAGAGGCCGUCGCCACGACGACAGCUACAGGCACGGCGAGAGGCAGCGGCAGCACUUCUGCGGGAGAAGGAAGAAAUACAUGCCCAAACCCCCGGAGGAGGACGCGUUCGUCCUGCCGGACGAGUACAGGUUCGUCCCCAGGAACAAACGGGCCGUGCUGAUGAAGAGCCAGAUGGGUCAGAAGCUCAACGUGGAGACGCUGGUGGUGGUGGACCGGAAGAUGAUGGACAACCACGGCCACGAGAACAUUACAACAUAUGUUCUGACUGUGCUUAACAUGGUCUCAAGCCUCUUCAAAGAUGGCACCAUCGGGGGCAACAUCAACAUAGUGAUAGUGGGCCUCGUGCUCCUGGAUGAAGAUCAGGACGGCCUGGUGAUCAGCCACCACGCGGACCACACGCUGAACAGCUUCUGCCACUGGCAGUCCAUGCUGGGGGGCCGGGGGGGGCGGCGCCACGACCACGCCAUCCUCCUCACGGGCCUCGACAUCUGCUCCUGGAAGAACGAGCCCUGCGACACGCUCGGCUUCGCUCCGAUUAGUGGGAUGUGCAGUAAAUACCGCAGCUGCACCGUUAAUGAAGACACCGGCCUGGGUCUGGCCUUCACCAUCGCCCACGAGUCUGGCCACAACUUCGGAAUGGUCCACGACGGCGAAGGAAACGUCUGCAAGAAGUCGGAGGGAAACAUCAUGUCCCCGACGCUCGCCGGCCACAACGGCGUCUUCUCCUGGUCCGCCUGCAGCCGCCAGUACCUCAGCCGCUUCCUCAACUCUGCCCAGGCUCUGUGCCUAUCAGAUGAACCCAGGGCGGUCGAGGAGUACCGCUACCCUGAGAAGCUGCCUGGCGAGCUGUACGACUCCGACACACAGUGCAAAUGGCAGUUUGGGGAGAAGGCCAAGCUCUGCACCCUCGAUUUCAAGAAGGACAUCUGCAAGGCUCUGUGGUGCCACCGCGUUGGGAGGAAGUGUGAGACCAAAUUCAUGCCGGCCGCUGAGGGCUCCGCCUGCGGCCCUGACAUGUGGUGUCGCAGGGGCCAGUGCGUGAAGCAGGGCGACGAGGGUCCGAGGCCCCAGCACGGCGACUGGUCCGAGUGGUCGUCCUGGUCCGCCUGCUCGCGGAGCUGCGAGAGCGGCGUCACCCAUCGAGACAGGCAGUGCAAUAGCCCCAGACCUGCAUUCGGGGGGAAGUUCUGCGAAGGCUCCUCCAGGUCCUACAAGCUGUGCAACACUGGCGACUGUCCGCCCGGCGCCACGGACUACAGGGCGCAGCAGUGCGCCGAGUUUAACAGCAGGCAGUUCAGGGGCUGGUUCUACACCUGGAGGCCCUACACCAGAGUGGACGAUCAGGACGUGUGUAAGCUGUACUGCUUCGCUGAAGGCUACGACUUCUUCUUCGCCCUGGCCAGCAAAGUGAGGGACGGGACGCUCUGCUCGCAGGACAGCUCCAACGUGUGCAUCGAUGGGCUGUGCGAGAGAGUGGGCUGUGACCGUGUGCUGGGCUCCACGGCUGGCCUCGAUUCCUGUGGGGUCUGUAAAGGAGACAACUCCACCUGCAAGCUCUAUAAAGGACAAUACACCAAGCAGCAUUACACCAACAAGUACUACGCAGUGGCAACGCUCCCGGCAGGGGCUCGCAGCAUCCGCGUGGUGGAGCUGAACACCUCCAGCUCCUACCUGGCUGUCAGGGACUCCCAGAGGCGCUACUACCUGAACGGGCACUGGACCGUGGACUGGCCGGGCCGACAUCCCAUCGCCGGAGCCACGUUUGAGUACAAGAGACCUUAUAACAGACCAGAGAGCCUGACAUCACCGGGUCCCACUAAUGAAACACUGGUCAUCGAGAUACUGUUACAAGGCUGGAACCCAGGUGUGCGCUGGGAAUACACUCUGAAGAAAUCUGAAGAGAAAAAGAACCACAACAAACACAAUUUCACAUGGGCCGUCGUACGCUCUCAGUGCUCCGCGACGUGCGCUGGAGGUCAGAUGAGCACCAAGGCCGCGUGCUACAAGGACCUGAGGGUGCAGGUGAACACGUCCUACUGCAGUCCCAAGUCAAGACCCGCUACCGGACUGAUGCCCUGCAACACCCAGCCGUGUCCAGCCAGCUGGUCCGUAGGUGAGUGGGGGGAGUGCAGCCGGAGCUGUGGAGGGGGGGAGCAGACGCGGCCGGUCCGGUGCGUCCAGAGGACCCGCGGGGCGGACGUCCAGGUCCUGGCCGACCCGCUGUGCGCCGAGCCCACCCCGGCGAAGAGCCAAGGCUGCAACGGGCACGGCUGCCCGCCGCUCUGGACCUCUGGGCCGUGGUCACAGUGCUCACGCAAGUGCGGCAACGGCCUGAAGAAGAGGACGACGCUGUGCACGAGCGCCGACCCGGGCGCCCCCGCGCGCACGCUCCCGGACGCCAUGUGUGCGGCUGUGCCGAGGCCUGCCAGCCAGGAGCCCUGCUUCCUGAGGCGCUGCCAGAAGCAGCGCAAGGUGCAGUGGUUCGUCUCCACGUGGCAGGAGUGUUCGGCAGCGUGCGGUCGCGGCCAUCAGGCGCGCUUCAUCAAGUGUGCGGAGAAGGACGCGGCAGGAAAAUACAGAGAGCUUGCUGCCAAGAAGUGCCACCAUCUCCCCAAGCCCGCGGUGGAGCUCCGCCGGCCCUGCACCCUGGCUGCCUGCCCCGAGCGCGCCCCCCCGCCCGUCUACCCGUGGAGCGUGCACCAUCGCCUCUUGACACCGCAGCCUCCGCCGCAGCCGGCCUGGCACGCGUCUCCCUGGUCGCAGUGCACGGUGACGUGCGGGGGAGGAGUGCAGACCAGGCUGGUCCAGUGUCUGGUCCAGGGGAAGCCCUCUCCUGGCUGCUCUCUCCACCUGAAGCCUCCGAUGUCGCAGGCCUGCAACACCAACUUCUGCCCGACGUCUGAGAAGAAAGAGCUAUCGUGCAGGGAUUACUUCAGCUGGUGUUACCUGGUGCCCCAGCACGGCGUGUGCAACCACAAGUUCUACGGCAAGCAGUGCUGCCAGUCAUGCUCCAAUUCCAACCUGUAACCGAUCCUGUCUGUGGCGAAGGCAGAUGGACGCGUAGACGGGCGAGAGACUAUGUUCGACGUCCGCGUUGGCGAUCGCUGAAAAGUAAAGGGACAUUUCUGUGGAAGUCCAGGAGAGCUGCAGUGGCCUCGUGAUGCUGGACAUCUGGAGACAAGAACCUGGCGGUGACAGCACUGUGCAGGAAUGUGAUCAGGACAGUACAAGAGAAGGAGACAAUUAUGAAGAGGAACUAGCAAAAUGGGAUUCUUGAUUAAAGCGAACAGACCUGACAUGUCCAGACGCAACAGAAAGCCUGAAAAAGCCCAGCUUUGUUUAUAUGCUGUAUGUAACGGAACCGAUCUGUAACCAGGACACCUGACAUCCCCCAGUCCACCCAGAGGUCAGCGAUGGCAGUCUUUGAAGCACGGCCACGCGAUAACAUGUGAUGCUCCCCGCUCUGCGCUGCAGUUAUUGAUGAUGCGGGGAGUCUGGAGUCAGAUAAUUAAAAGGAAUGUUUCACGAAAUCGCGUCAGGACACAUUUACGUGAGGAAACACAGUGUGGGCUUUGUGUUAUACUGGACAAUAGCAGAAUAGCCUGUGGUGUCAUGAAAGAAAAGCAAAAAAAAGAACCUGCAGUUUGAGCAUCAACCGCCAGUCGAAUGAGCUGAGAUGAGUGAAGUGAUUUUCACACUCUCUGGUGCUACGUUAUCGUUAUUGUCGCCGAAUCAUUGUGAAGUCCUGGAGUUUCAGGAAAGAACAGCUGAACUAUGUGACCCGUGUACAGUAAUGACUGUUUUAUUUAUUGGCUUUACAAUACAGUGUUUUCGGACUGUAUUCAUAAGCAGAGCUUUUGUUAUAUGGGCUUUUAUUACUCAACCGUACGCCCAUAACAUUUUGUAUUACGUUUCAUAGAACCUGAUGCUGACAAAAACACCUUCAUUCAAAAUCUUCUUGUUUUUCUGUUUUAUUUUUUUGGAGAAAACAGUCCAUACAACACUAAUAAGAGUGAUUCUACAUGACAUGAGACUGCUUUACGGUAUCACACAGGGCAGUGGUGUUCGUCAGGCCUUGGAAUGACAUAACAAUGACAUUAGUUUUGGUUUGAAAGCACUGACAGAUGAUGGCUAAUGCAAUUUCAGUGUGACUUCUACAGUGUAAAUGUAGUAACAAUAAACAAAUGUUUGUCACGUCAGCAACUCAAACACAGCAUGAGUUCAUUCUUUUCAGUUGUCAUUUAGAAUAACAGUGAAAGGAACAUGGUGUCCUAACAAUGAUUUGUUUUUAGCUAACAUAUAAUUGACAUCAACAUAAUCACCGCUUGGAUUCUGAUUCUGUUUUCACUCCUUGACUCGUCCUGUG